AACCUCACUUCCGACUCUUUGCCACUCCGCCAUGAAGAAUGAGUAGACGUUAGGGAAAGGGCUAGCUUUUUGUUAAACACAGGCUAGCGUAAAACGUUUACCACCUUAUUUUAUUUACCUUUACAAAUUUAGCGAAAGUUUGAAACCAAGGAAUUAAAAUGAAUAUCAUUCCAACAACGAAGCGGACCGCCCUCAUGAACUGUUUUAUUCUUCCUCAAAAUGGAGUCGCGGAGGGACUGCACUACAGCUCAGGAGAUUCCUCACCACAGAUCGCCAUGGGCUCAACUAUAGACUCUCGCAACGGGAAUGUUGGGUCCCCAAAGCGGCCCAAGAACUUGGAAGUCAGCUCAACAAAUGGGUAUCCAGCAAAAAGCCGUCUUGAGGACAGCGACGUCGACGACGGCUCUUUGCCGUGUACCCCGGAGCUGCAGUCGGACAGUGAAAUCGAUGUCUCCAGUUGUCCAGCAGGGGACGAAGUGUUGGAGAAUGAUACCAGGCAACUGAUUAGCCAGUUCAUGAGAGACUUUACUGGACUUUCGAAACCACGGUGGAAUAAAAGCAAAGCACUACCAACAAUGAAAAGAGUUGUGGACGGCGUUUUGGAAAAACACAGAUACGCAUACAACGGUAUGAUCAACAAACUGUCGUUGGAUGACAGAGGGGAUGAUGUGUCGUUUGUCAGCGUAGUAGCAAAGAACCUGUUCGGAGACGGCACCACAAACUGGGGUCGUAUUGCCAGCCUGGUGGCCUUCGGCGCAGUGGUGUGUCAGCACCUAAAGGAGAGGGGCAGGGUGGACUGUGUGGAUCUUGUGGGGCAGGAGAUCGCCACAUAUCUGCUGUCAGACCAGCGGGACUGGCUUGUGAAAAACAACUCCUGGGAUGGCUUUGUGGAGUUCUUUCACGUAUCAGACCCAGAAUCAACAGUGAGGAACACGCUCAUUGGCCUUGCUGGAUUUGCUGGUAUCGGGGCCACACUGGCUUUGUUGAUCAGGUGAAUUUGGACACUCUUAAGACUUGUGCUGAAAUGCUGGAAGCUUCUUCUGUCACAACCUUUGUGCAUUCAGUUUGGACUUAAGAAGAUGGAUAUCUUUGGGCUCCCUUCCACACACAUACAUUUUUCACUCACUGUUGGUGGCCAGAAAUGGACUUCACUUUCAGUAGUCAACCUUCAGAUGAUUAGGUUUUAUUUAAUUUACAAAGAAAUUUAUUUUUCUAAUAAAUGAAAAAUGCUACUAUGCAAAUUGAAAUGGUUAUGGUGGGAAGUCAGUUGAUCUGAUUUUUUUUUCUGAUUGUUUACCGUGUUCUUAAUUAUAUAGCAAUUACCCAGCAGCAAGAGUGUUUGUAUGCAAGGCCAAGGCAGGAAGGGAGAGCUGCAUUUUUCCAUGUCUUGCAGUCAUGAAGCCCAUUUCCAUAGAGCCCAUUGACAAGCCUCGGAUCAUUUGUAUGGAUUCAACUUUGUGAAGGGAGGCGGGGUGGAUUUGCAUUAGUGUAGCUCUGCUUCCUUGUUAGGAAAAUAUCGGAUCAGUACUAAAGGACAAGAGCAACCACAUGCAGGACAUUUGGCAGCACAGCAGCCUGGAAAGUUUGAGUCUGUGUGAAGAAAUGAUCAAGGACUGUUUGGAAGAAAAAGAUUGUGCUGUUCCAGUGCACCAAAGCUGACAGUUGGAGGAAGGAUAACACAGUGGUAUAUUAGUGCCGAUCCAGAUGUAAGCUAACAAAUUUGUAUAGGUUGAAACAAUAAAAAAGAAAAAUAUAAUUAA